AUGCAGAUCACAUCUUUGGGAGAAAGACACUCUGGCGGAGUACGAGGAAGAGGCAGAGGAUCAUUUAGAGGUCGAGGACGUUGGCGUGGAAGAUUUGGACUUGACAAAACCCAAAUAGAGUAUUAUAAAUGCCAUAAAUUUGGGCAUUUUCGAUUUGACUGCCCUAACUCGGAAAAGCAAGUCAACUACGUGGAGAUACAAGGCGCAAAGAUGGAGGAUCUAUGGUUUCUUGAUAGCGGAUGUAGCAACCACAUGUCUGGGAUCAAAAAGUGGUUCUCAGAUUUGGAUGAAACUUUCAGGCACUCGGUGAAGCUCGGGAAUAAUGCAAGGAUGAUGGUUCAUGGGAAGGGCAACAUCAAACUUAAGAUAACUGAAGAUUAUGAUUUGAUCUUCACUGGAAAUUGUGAAAAAAUGUUUCUUUCAUUCAAAGAGUCAAUGAAAAGGAAUUUUGAUAUGACUGAUCUUGGGAAGAUAAGGUAUUUUCUUGGAGUGGAAGUGUUGCAGCGAGAAGAGGCAAUUUACAUGUGUCAACAAAAGUUCACAAGAGACAUUCUCAACAAAUUUGGUAUGGAAAACAACAAUGAAGUAAGCAAUCCCAUAAUACCGGGAGUGAAACUCUCCAAGAAAGAAGGAGAAGCAGAGGUUGACAUUACUCUUAUAAGCAAAUGA